UGAUGGGAUGGGUGUGCCCGUGAUCUAUUUUGUAUGUCUAAAUCAAAUGGGGUAUAAAAUUUGACUGAAAUGACAAGGACUUUGGUGGGUUUAAUUUUUCUGGGCUUAUUUCAUACUGCCAUUGCUGAUAUAUGUUACAUUUAUACUUGCCCAAAUAUAGAACCUUCAUCAGAACUUCUUGGUGUUCCUUGGUCCUUGGAUUCUCUGUCCUGGAAAAUUCUCUAUUCUUUUCCUUUACUUACUGAGAUUGUUUUUUCUUUAUUAGGUUGAGAUCAGUUUGUGUUUGAUAUUUUUCCUCUUUGGCUGAGUUUGGAGAAUUAAGUACUGGAAAAGGGUUUUCUUAAUCUUGGUCUAGCUCGGAGAUCUAUUGGUUGUAGUAGGUGAAACAUUUUGCUUCAUGUGGCGUUUUAAACUAUAAAGAGUGAAGCUUUCAUCAGUUAUGAAGUUGGGUUUGUCUGGUUCUGCAUAUCUGGUGAAGAGCCAACUAUAGAAAGGGGAAAAAGAAGGUUCAGACAUGAAGUUUAUGAAACUUGGAUCUCGGCCGGAUACUUUCUACACCACUGAGGCUGUGAGGUCAGUCUCCUCAGAAGUCUCUAGUGAUCUCAUAGUUCAAGUGAAGGGAAGUAGAUAUUUGCUUCACAAGGUAAAACCAUAUUUUACUAUUAUGUUCUUUUUCUGACAUAAUAUGGGAUGCUUAUUGUGAAAAAUGAUGAAUCCAACUUAAUAUUCUUCAUUGGUGCUUUGAAUUCAUGGUUUUGGUUUGUAAACAGUUUCCUCUGCUAUCCAAAUGUUUAAAACUCCAGAGGUUGUGCUCUGAAUCUCCUGAAUCCUCAAACCACCAAAUCGUCCAACUCCCUGAUUUUCCUGGUGGAAUUGAGGCAUUUGAACUAUGUGCAAAAUUCUGCUAUGGUAUCACAAUCACUCUAAGUGCCUUAAACAUUGUAUCGGCUCGUUGCGCUGCCGAGUACCUCCAGAUGACAGAGGAUGUUGAGAAGGGGAACCUUAUAUACAAGCUUGAAGUUUUCUUCAAUUCCUGCGUACUCCAAGGGUGGAAAGAUAAUAUUGUGACCUUACAAAGCACCAAAGCCUUUCCUUCGUGGGCAGAAGACCUUGGUAUUACAAGUAAAUGCAUUGAGUCUAUUGCUUCAAAAGUUCUAGCCCACCCCUUGAAGAUUAAUCUGUCACACAGUUAUUCAAGAAGAGGUAGAGAUGAAGUUUCAUGUAAUGGAGGAGAGAGUCAGAGGCAUAAACCGACAAGCAAGGGAUGGUGGGCUGAAGAUAUAGCAGAAUUGACCAUAGACCUUUAUUGGAGAACAAUGAUAGCCAUAAAAUCUGGUGGGAAGGUACCAUCUAAUCUCAUUGGCGAUGCGUUGCGGAUCUACGCAUCUCGAUGGCUGCCUAGGGUGUCAAAAAAUAUGAACAUUGACAAGCAAGAAGAAUCUGAUACAGACUCUCAUACCAUUGGGGACAUAACUUCAAAGCAUAGGCGGCUUUUGGAAUCAAUAGUGGGCUUAUUGCCCGCAGAGAAAGGUGCUGUUUCUUGCAGCUUUCUGCUUAAAUUGUUGAAGGCUGCAAAUAUACUGAGAGCUUCUUCAGAUUCAAAGAUGGAAUUGGCAAGACGGGUUGGAAUUCAAUUGGAGGAAGCAAUAGUUAGUGAUCUGUUGAUACCCAAUCUGUCAUAUAUAAAUGAUACUAUAUAUGAUGUAGACAUAGUCAUGACCAUAUUGGAGCAGUUCAUGAUACAAGGGCAGAGUCCACCAACAAGUCCCCCAAGAGCUAAGGAGGAUUUUGAGAGGAGAAGGUCUCGCUCCGCAGAGAAUGUUGAUUUUGAGUUUCAGGAAAGUAGGAGGUCGUCUUCGGCAUCUCAUAGCUCUAAACUUAAGGUGGCAAAGCUUGUGGAUGGGUAUCUCCAAGAAGCAGCCCAGGAUGUGAAUUUGAGUCUGUCUAAGUUUAUCUCACUUGCUGAGGCUGUUCCAGAAUUUGCGAGGCUAGAUCAUGAUGAUCUAUACAGAGCUAUUGACAUUUAUCUCAAGGCACACUCAGGCCUCAGCAAGAGUGAAAGGAAACGUCUGUGCCGAGUUCUAGACUGCAAAAAGUUGUCUAUGGAGGCCUGUAUGCAUGCAGCACAAAACGAAUUAUUGCCACUGAGAGUGGUGGUGCAAGUACUAUUCUUUGAGCAAGCUCGAGCAGCCAUGGCUGGUGGCCAAGUUACAGAGCUACCUAGCAACAUUAAGGCACUUCUAGCUACACACGACGACUCAUCAAAGCCUACAGCAUCAUUAAGCACCAAUGCAACUGGGCUAGCAGAUGACCAAUGGAGUGUCUCAGGCCUCAAAUCGCCAAAAUCAAAGCUUUCAACUCUCAGGAUGAAGCUCGCAGAAGAUGACUUGGAUGAAAAUUUCUCUGAUGGUAUUGGGAAUUCCUCUAGGAUCAAGGCUCUCUCUACGCUUCCUAAUCGACCUAAAAGACUGUUCAGUAAGUUGUGGUCCAUCAAUAGAAGUGCAAGUGAAAAGAACUGAGAGGAUUUUGUUUAAUUUCAGGUUGGGAUGGUCAUUUGGAGGGUAACUCAUACUCUAUUGUUCUUCUUUGUUUCCCUUUUUUUUUCCCACUUGUUUGUCUUGUAAGUGGAUUUCACCCUCCAUUGCAGAGCGUCAAGGAAGUAAAUCAGUAAUCCUCCUUCAUCGAUGAUGAUCAUGGUCAUUUUCUCUUCCUGAAUUGGCGAAAGAAAUGACGAGGGAUAUUGAGUGCAAACAGCUUGAUGAACAUGGUUCAUAUGAAAUAGAUAGAGAAGAGCAGUGAUAGACACUUAACUUUCUCUGUUGGCGAUGAAUUCCGAAAGGCUUUUGAAGAUGAAAUUGAGUAUGAUACGACAUCUAUCAAGUGAUGUGGGCAGUAGGGGUUCCAAAACUAGCUAACUUACUCCUUUAUCAUUAGCCUUCUAAGCAGAAAGUGAAGAGGCAUUGCUUCAACAUCCUUAAUUCUAGAAGACCUAUUUGUAUGAUGUUUGUGGCCAGCAAAAGGGAUAUAAUUUAUCUUGAAGAAAGCUGCAUACUAACAGUUCUCAAAUUUUGCUAAGUUGAAUCCACUUGGAUGAUUAUAAAUGAUCUCAGCCAAUCAUUAUGCCCAUACAAUUCUUUGUCUUUUUUUUAUUCCGAGUAUGAAAAACAUUAAGAUUAAUCCAAUCAGCAUCCAAUCCAACAAGGUCUAUCUGGGCUCUCUUGGAGGAUUAGGUUUUGUUUUUCUUUCAGACUUUUUUUCUGCUUCACUGUAAUAGUAAUAUCUUCUACUUGUAAGAGAUCUACCAUUGCAUAAAAAACAUUAGGCAUCCACUGUGUUUCAAACCACUCCAUCUGCCUCUAAGUAAGCCACGACCCCAAGUUCCCAUAACCGAACAGAUGACACCCAUCUUCUCGCUAAAAACGCUGUCGACCAGCUUCACAUUGAGAAAAAAUAUCUGCAUCUCUAGUUUCUGUUACUGUAACAUAACAUCGAAUAUGUCUCGUGUCUGUUACGUCAUUAUCAUUAACGU